ACAAUUUCUGUGGGAUCCCGGAACUCAAGCAAACGCCAGCUCUGUGCUUUUUAUUCAUUAAAUCAUAAUUUUAGCUUUGCAUGUCCCCUUGCAUGUACAGAUGUGCUUCUGAAUCCGAGACUGGAGAAGUGAGAUGACUGGAUAUUGUUAUCUGUAGCUUUACAUCUACGUCUAUCUGUAUAGCAGUCAGCACGCAGGUCGACUUAUUACUCUACAGCUAUCAUCUUCGUCAUCGUCAUUGCUAGUCAUCGUUUCUCGCCUGCAGGAGGACGGGUCUUGGAAGGAGAGAGGUCAGAGGCAGGUGUAGAGUUGGCUGUGGUGGCGGGGGACUAUGUUGGCCAGAAAGAGCAUCAUCCCGGAGGAGUACGUGUUGGCGCGCAUCGCGGCGGAGAACCUGCGAAAGCCGCGCGUCCGAGACCGGCUCCCCAAAGCCCGCUUCAUCGCCAAGAGUGGGGCCUGCAACCUGGCGCACAAGAACAUCCGAGAGCAAGGACGCUUCCUGCAGGACAUCUUCACCACGUUGGUGGACUUGAAAUGGCGCCACACGCUGGUCAUAUUUACCAUGUCCUUCCUCUGCAGCUGGCUGCUCUUUGCCAUCAUGUGGUGGCUAGUGGCCUUUGCCCAUGGGGACAUCUAUGCUUACAUGGAGAGAAGUGGAAUGGAGAGAAAUGGUUUGGAGCCCACUGUGUGUGUGACUAAUGUCAGGUCUUUUACUUCUGCUUUUCUCUUCUCCAUUGAGGUUCAAGUGACAAUUGGAUUUGGAGGGAGAAUGAUGACGGAGGAGUGUCCUCUGGCCAUCACGGUUCUGAUUCUCCAGAACAUUGUGGGUUUGAUCAUCAAUGCAGUCAUGCUAGGCUGCAUUUUCAUGAAAACGGCCCAAGCUCACAGAAGGGCAGAGACGUUGAUUUUCAGCCGCCAUGCUGUGAUUGCUGUUCGAAAUGGCAAGCUGUGCUUCAUGUUCCGAGUGGGGGACCUGCGGAAAAGCAUGAUCAUUAGCGCGUCGGUCCGCAUCCAGGUGGUGAAGAAAACCACCACGCCUGAAGGGGAGGUGGUGCCCAUUCACCAACUGGACAUUCCUGUUGACAACCCGAUUGAGAGUAAUAACAUUUUUCUGGUGGCUCCUCUGAUCAUCUGUCACGUGAUUGACAAGCGCAGCCCCCUCUAUGAUAUCUCCGCAAGUGACCUUGUCAAUCAGGACCUGGAAGUCAUAGUCAUUCUGGAAGGAGUGGUGGAAACUACCGGCAUCACCACGCAGGCACGGACCUCCUACAUUGCUGAGGAAAUCCAGUGGGGCCACCGCUUUGUGUCGAUUGUGACUGAGGAGGAAGGUGUGUACUCGGUGGAUUAUUCCAAAUUCGGCAACACUGUCAAAGUUGCUGCUCCACGGUGCAGUGCCCGGGAGCUGGAUGAGAAGCCUUCCAUCCUGAUUCAGACCCUGCAGAAGAGUGAGCUGUCCCAUCAGAAUUCUCUGAGGAAGCGCAACUCCAUGCGACGAAACAAUUCCAUGCGGAGAAACAACUCCAUCCGAAGGAACAACUCUUCCCUCCUGGUGCCAAAGGUGCAAUUCAUGACUCCCGAAGGGAAUCAGAACACAUCCGAAUCAUGACAGCAAGAAAACUUGAGACCAGUCUUUUAUUACAGUUUGAAGGUUCAUGUCGGGCACUCUCAGACCGAACCAUAACUGAGACACCAACACUUGUGUCUCUUCUAUUUUAAUGCACUAAUGACAUUCAUAUUCAGAGAACAGCACUUUUUUAUAUCAAUAAAGAAAAUAACAUUAAACAUG